ACCAUACAACAAAAUGAAGGAAGCUGCAUUAUCAUAAACCAAUGCCAUUGACAAAUCGAACUUCACUCCUGCAAGUUUUCCAUCGACCCGCUCAAAAAUAUAAACCCCUCCAUCCGCACCUAACCUUACUCCAACUUCGCAACUUCACACCAACAUUCAAGAUGGGACAACGAGAGGACGCCGAGAAGCAAAUUAAGCGCAAUCCGCAUCCGGAUUUCAAGAAAGUCGAAGGGAGUCGGCAACCAUGGGACAAGAGCCUUGAAUGGAACAUGAAGCAGACCGUGAAACCCGAUUGGAAAUACGGCGACGGAGCGAAUGACGGUGGUGCAUCUCUAAAGAUUCCUCACGUCGAGAUUGACCCAUACGAAGAAGGACGACCAGCAGUAUCGAACUACAAACUGUUGAUUUCUGGCAUAAUUCCUCGACCCAUCGGCUUUCUCAGCACUCGCUCGAAGGAUGGAACCAGUACGAAUCUUGCACCAUUCAGCUAUUUCCAAGUCAUUAACCAUGAUCCGCCACUCUUCACUGUUGGGUAUGCAGGCGGAUUCGAUAACGCGAAGGACUCCUUGAAGAAUCUGGUAGAGAGCGGGGAAUGUGUGAUCAAUAUCAUUUCCGAGCAUUUCAUCGAAGCGGCGAACUCGACAUCCGUCAACGCACCCUAUGGAGAAAGUGAAUGGACGUUGAGUGGACUGACACCUGCGCCAUCCAAAACUGUCAAGGCGAGCAGGGUCAAGGAAGCUGUGUUCUCAAUUGAGGGGAAGUUGGACUUCACGAAGGAGUAUGAAAGUAAGGCUACCCCUGGAAAGAAGACGGGCGUGUUGGCUGUCAUUGAAGGAACGAGAUUCUGGGUUAGAGAGGACGCUCUGAAUGAGGAGAAGAAUUUGAUUGAUCCAGCAGUCCUUAGAGCUAUGAGCAGAUUAGGUGGUAUUACUUAUGCAAGAGUUCUUGAAGGGAUGGAACUUCUAAGACCGGAUUGGCAAGAAUCGGUGGUAAACAAUGAGGAAGCAAAGAAAAUUGUGAAGCCGAAGGCAGAUGGACAAUAGAGGUUUAGACCUUAGACAAUGAGCUAUGAAUAGACAUUGACGUUUUCAUAUGUUCGAAGAUAUUACGGGACUUUAAGAUCUUGUGAAUUCUUGACUAAGUUUCGAGUCACCUUGGAGAGUAAUUGUCCGUUCAAU